AGAUGAUUGGCGUUACCUUCGUUUCCCUACUGAUCGCCUCGACCGUGCGUGCGGGCACCGUGGUCUGGGACGGUAGCUUCGACGCGUACGCGACGCCGGCGGACUUUGACAAGUGGUCCUGGUCCAACCAGGUCGGAGAGUAUCAGUGGUACAUCCACGGCAGCGGCGACACGUCCACGUACCUCAACCUCGACCCCUCGUUCAAGAACCCCGCGUCUUCGGAGACGCAUGGGCUGAAGGUCACGAUUGACGGGACUGCCAUUUGGAACGGCCAGAAUAUGGAGCGCACCGAGCUCAUCCCGCAGACGAGCGAGAAUCUUGGGACCGGAAACCUGUUCUACCACUUCUCCGUGUCGCGCUCGGAUACGAAUGCGCCUGAUUCCUCCAUCGAACAUCAGGUCGCGUUCUUCGAGAGCCACUUCACUGAGCUCAAGUACGGCGUCGGCGACGAUCAACUGCAUUGGUUCGUCGGUGGUCAAUCCCAGUGGAGCACCGCGUUUGACGCCGGCACCUGGUACAACUUUGCCUAUGAUAUUGACUUUUCCGCUGGUACCGUCGCCCUCUGGGCAUCCACCGGCUUAGACGAGCUCACCCAGGUCGUCUCCCCCGUCUCCGCGUCCACGUCGACGAAUUCGGCCGACUGGCACUUGGGUGUCUUGAAACUCAGCACGGCGGAUGUGACCGAGGACUGGAUGUUUAGCGGCGUGUACGUCGAGAGUGGGCCUGCGACUACGACGAUUGGGUCGGGUGCGUCGUCGGGUGGGGCCGCGUCUUCUGCUGCUUCCUCGUCUGCGCCCACCUCGACCUCGGCGGCUGCUUCUCAGUCCGCUGCUGCAUCAUCGUCCGCGGCGGCGUCGACCUCGGCGGCGGCGUCCACGUCUGCUGCGGCUACCAGCGAGGCCGCGACAAGUGCCCCCGCCUCAUCGUCCGUCGCACCUACCUCUACAAAUGUCGCCGUCCCAUCGAGCAGCGCAGCUCAGAGCUCGGAAGUGGCGUCUACUAGCGUCGCUGCCUCGUCUGCUGCUCCUUCAACCUCAUCUGCUGUUCCUUCGACCUCAUCCGCCGCCCCCUCUAACUCAGUCGCCGAGACCUCGAGCUCAAUCGUCGAGACCUCUGCGUCCGCUGAGCCGUCCUCAGUGCCCGCAGAGACUUCCGCCGCUGCUUCCACGAGCGCUGCCGGAUCCUCGGCGGCCACAUCUGCUGUCGAGACCAGUGCCGCUGCCCCGUCGUCCGUUGCAGCGACCUCCGCCGCCGCGACCUCGGCAGCGGCAACAUCCGCCGCCGAAAUCUCCACACCUGCCACCUCGGCCGCCACUACAAGCUCGGCGGCUCAAAGCUCCGCGCCUGCCACGUCCGCGUCCACCUCCUCUGCGUCUUUGCCGACUGGCCUCAGCGCCUGUGCGGCAAAUGCAAAGGGCAUCGUCGACGCUAACUGCUGCAUGAAUGGCAAGUUUAACAUCCAUUUGUUGGUGCUACUACAUUGCUACAUGGGCCGCCACUUUCUCCCACCCGAGUCCCUGCGUUCUCACCCUCGAAACCCUGCGUUCUGCCAAUCAAAGUACAACAAAUGCCUCGCCGCUUCCCAGCCCAACCCCGACUUUACGGGCUGCAGCGCGGCGAAGGACACCUGCAUGACCGGCGCGACGUACGAUUACAACAUGGCUUCGCGCGCGAAGCGGGACGGCAAGUUCGGGCGGCUGCUUCUGUGAGGCGGACACGGACGCCUUCUCAUGGGCGUACUCACGGUUUAGUGACCGUACUGAGCCUUCUUGUGAGGCGCGCGCUUCAAACACGUUGUCGAGAGGUAUGUAUGCUUCAGCUUGUGCUAGGAGCACGCUUCAGCUUGCGGAAGGUGCCCGCCAUAUUUCUUCACGAUCUUGACGAUCUCGAUGCUGUCUUGACGGCGGCGGCGCUUUUAUUGCUUCAUUUAUUUACAAUCCUCUGUAGCCUGUAGUAUUCUUGGGAUCCCAAUGCUAGCACUGGGAGUGGGUUGUUGUCAUC